AUGUGCGUAAGUCCCGAAGGCGGCCCCUUCGUUCACCGUAGCCGGACUCCCGUAAUGCGCCUUAAGAGGCAUGUGCCUAAGUCCGUAAGUCGUUGCCGUCGUGUCGUCUCCGCACUGCCUAGCACGAGAUUUUCUCAAAUGAACCGACCGACCGACCAAAGUCGGGUUGAGAGCAGCCUCGUCAUCUCGCAAGUGUCCGAACAGCAAAGCGAUGAUGACGAAGCGCGCGUUCGUUUUCGUUCGCUUUCCGACUGCCGCAAGCGAGCUGAUAGCAAGUGCGUAAAGUCCCGUAAGUGCGUAAGUCCCGUAGAAUCGUUAAAUGCCCAAGUUCGUCGAAUGCCUUCGUUUGGGUGCCGUAGCCGUAGCCGGACGCGUGUCAAGUGCGUAAAGUGCCCGUCGAAGUGCGUCGUUGGCCGGUGGCCUUCGUUUACCGCAGCCGGACUGCGUCGGGCUCCCAAUCGAAUGCGUAAGUUCGUCGAAUGCCUUCGCGUAAAGUGCCGUAGUGGUCCGUGGGAAUCGCGUGCCUUUCGUCGAAGGCCUUCGUUUGCCGUAGCCGGACUCCCGUACUGCGCCUUACCACGAAGCCCGAAUGUGCCGAAGGCGGCGCCUUCGUUCACCGUAGCCGGACUCCCGUAA